AUGGCAGCUCAGAUCCCUGAUUGUGUGGUGAACGGUGGCACGGGACACACAAAGCUUGGCUGUGCUGGAAACAAGGAGCCGCAGUUGAUCAUUCCUUCAUGUGUCCUCAUCACCUCUGCGAGUUCUGGUGUGAAGCAGGAAAUGCCAGAGAGUCCACAGAUGAAAGAGGAGUCAGAGGAACAUGGCAUCAAACAGGAGGAAGAUGAGCAGCAAAUAGCUGUGCGUGAGCAGACAGAACAACCCUGUCUGCUCCAGGAAAUCCCAGAAAGUCCUCAGACUAAAGAGGAUCCAGAGGAACAGAGGAUGAAACGGGAGGAGCAGCUUCCUGUCUGUGUGAAGACGGAAGAGUCGUCCCUGCUUCAACCAAGACAACAUGAGCUCAGAGAGGAAACACAGGGAGAAGACAUGAGCUCAGAGACGGAGGGAGACACUGAUCACUCCUCUGACUAUGAGGAUGAAGAAGAGGCACAAGUUCAUCAUCUUCAGCCUCUGUCUUCGGACACGGAUUAUGAAGACAACCCCCGCCAAAUCCAGAACGGAGCCAGAGAGACGGCUGCUCAAAACUUCACACACAGAGAAGACAAACCUUACCGCUGCUCAGUCUGCCUGCGCAGUAACCAUGGCAACUCUGCACGGGACUUCCACAUCUUGGUUCUGCAGCAGACACAGACCCCCAGGGGAUCACUCCUUCGUGUGAUUUGUAUUUCAGUGUCCACGUCACCUCUGCGAGUUCUGGUGUGA